AUGGCAGUAGUGACGACUAUGAACGCCGUUUUCUCUUGCUUCGACGCCCUUUUGGACAAAUUCGAGGUCUACAAGGUCGAAACAGUCGGGCAAAUAUACAUGGCGGCCAGCGGCGCGCCAGAGAGGACGUCUCUUCACGCCCAAAAUAUUUCGGAUUUGGCCCUGGAAAUGUUGAAGGCGAUCAAGAAGGUUAAAACUCCGGGUAUUACUGAAGUUACACUGAAAAUUGGAAUACAUUCAGGAUCUGCUGUUGCUGGAGUGGUGGGUAUGAAAGUUCCGAGAUAUUGUUUUUUUGGCGACACUGUCAACACUGCUUCUCGUAUGCAGUCUAUCAGCGAACCUGGUAGGAUUAACAUAACAUACAACACAAUGAAACUUUUGCCAGAGGAGAAGUAUAAAACUGAGAGUAGAGGAAUUGUCAAAGUAAAGGGAAAAGGAAAUAUGCAAACCUACUGGUUGCUCGAGAAUGGAUAUCCAAAGGCAGCCAAGGUUGAUCUCCAAAAAACGUCAUAAACGCAAGAAGACAAUCCAUAUAGGUACAGUGUGCAAUGAAUUACUAUUCCACGAGUAUAGAAAAUAAAUAUUUAUUAUAUAAUU